CUAGCCACCGAAUCAAUCAAGCGGCAACGAGCAGAAGUAGCUUGCGGAAUUUGCUAAACAGUGCGCUAUGCAAUGAAUGGAACCUCGUUCUGCAGGAUGCACCGUCCGGAAUGAAGAGACAAAGCUGAAACCUAUUUGGGCAAGCAUAAACGAAAUUGAAACAGUGCCCAACUCCGUCUGCCAUGAAGCGACAAAACAUUCGCACACUUUCGCUGGUGGUGUGCACGUUCACUUAUCUAUUGAUAGGGGCAGCCGUAUUCGAUGCACUGGAAUCAGAAACCGAAGCUCGCCGAUGGGAGUUUUUGAAAAGCGUAAAGGCCAACUUUGUCGCCAAGUAUAACAUCACACCGGAGGAUUACCAUAUGAUCGAAAUAGUGAUCACGGAGAAUAAACCGCACAAAGCGGGACCCCAGUGGAAGUUUGCCGGUGCGUUUUACUUCGCUACGGUCGUGCUGGCGAUGAUUGGGUACGGCCACUCGACGCCGGUCACUAUCGGCGGCAAAGCAUUCUGCAUGGCGUACGCGAUGGUCGGCAUUCCGCUGGGGCUCGUCAUGUUCCAAAGCAUUGGCGAACGUUUGAACAAGUUUGCCUCGGUUGUAAUUCGCCGCGCGAAAAAAUAUCUGCGCUGCCAGCAAACGGAAGCUACCGAGAUGAACCUGAUGCUUGCAACGGGAUUACUUUCGUCGGUUAUUAUUACGACCGGAGCGGCUGUGUUUUCACGCUACGAAGGAUGGAGCUAUUUCGACAGCUUUUACUACUGCUUUGUAACACUGACGACGAUCGGUUUCGGUGACUAUGUGGCGCUCCAAAACGAUCAGGCGCUGAUCAACAAACCUGGUUACGUAGCACUCAGUUUAGUCUUCAUUCUCUUUGGACUAGCGGUGGUAGCUGCCAGCAUUAAUCUGCUAGUGCUGCGAUUCAUGACCAUGAAUGCGGAAGACAUUCGACGGGAAGAGGCUGAGAUGCAAUCGUCGGUCGAUGGGCUCACAACGUACGAAUGUGAAUCGACGGGGAAGUUGCUUUCCUGUGCGAAUCUGAACUACUGUUCCGAGAUCGAGGAGGAAGACACUUCCGUUUGUUCGUGCACCUGUCUCGGGGGCAACAGUUUUACAACGCACGAGCAUGAGUUUUUACUCGAUCAGGGAUAUCACCCAGCCGAUAUCAUCACGAGUACCAUCAGCCUUAAGCGCAUGUCGAUCUAAUUAGCAAACACCAGCUAGUACAUCUUGCACCACCAUAACUGCGUACAUAUAAUUUAGAUAGGAAACAGGGGUCAGUGAGAGAUGAGGAUAAUGUUUUGCUUUUCGCAUGUUCCGUGCAACCAGUCCAGAGUAGAGAAGUAGUUAGAAACCUAAAAUGUUUUCAAUUUUAUUCGUGCCAAAAUGUUACCAACAUGUGUCCAAAAAACGGUUUUUAAUUUAGCAUUAAUCCAUUACCUUCAUUGAAAUGUUUUUCGAUGUAAAAUCCAUUUGAAAUAUUUGUGAAAUAAAGGAACAUUUCAAAC